AUGAAGCUUGCCUUUCUAAGGAACACCAAGGUCACCUGCAAUGACGGGACAGCUGCUGGAUACUACAUAAGGGAACAGAGAAACAGCAAGAGGUGGAUUGUCUUCUUAGAAGGUGGCUGGUGCUGCUAUAGCACAGAAACUUGUGAGAACAGACACAAGAACAGCCGUCGCUUGACAAGUUCAUUGGAGUGGCCACGAACAAGAAAAGGGACAGGCAUUUUGUCAGCUCACGUGGAUGAGAAUCCUCACUGGUGGAGUGCAAAUGCAGUCUUUGUGCCUUAUUGCUCCAGUGACAUUUGGAUCGGAACUCUGCCCAAGUCACGACAAGCGCCUUAUGCUUUCAUGGGCUCUUUGAUUAUCCAGGAAGUCCUAAAAGACCUCGUCCCCAAAGGAAUUAAGCAAGCUAAGGUGCUCUUGCUUGCUGGCUCCAGUGCUGGAGCCACAGGGGUGCUGCUGAACAUUGACCGGGUGGCGGCCCUCCUGGCGGAGCUCGAAGCAGAUGCUCUUCAGGUCCAGGGGCUCGUUGACUCCGGCUGGUUCCUGAUAGACACCAAACGGCCAAGACCAGCGGGAUGCUCGGAUCCUUUCGCUUGCUCUCCAGCAGAUGCACUCAAGAAAGGGCUCCGAAUGUGGAAUGGAGUCCUUCCGGAGAAAUGCAAGCAGCAGUUCAGACGGGGCGAGGAAUGGCAGUGCUUCCUGGGACAUAAGCUGUAUUCAUCCCUGAAAACUCCCGUGUUUGUGGUUCAGUGGCUGUUUGAUGAGGAACAGCUGAAAUUAGAAAAUGUCCACUUCGGGAGUACGAGGGUCUUGGAAAACCAGCGGGGUUACAUCCAGAACCUCGGGAGGGAGCUGAAGAGCUCUUUGCGUGACAUCCCCGCUGUGUUUGCACCCUCCUGUCCGGCUCAUACGUUGGUAAUUAAAAGCUACUGGACAGAAAUCCAAGUGAGGGGAGUUCCUCUGCCGCGAGCCUUGCAGUGCUGGGGGAAGAGCCUCCACGAAGCAGGCCGGCCUCCCAAACCGCCCCUUCGCGGCUGCCCCUUCCGCCUGAUUGACAGCUGCUUGUGGCCACACUGCAAUCCCACCUGCCCUGCCCUGCAGGACCCUGCUGGAGACCAGGAAGCUUAA